CUCGCCAGUCAUGGGCAAGUCCAAGCGGAGCCGGCGUGAGGAGCGAGCCAACCAGCCGUACCGCAUCAGGCAACGGGUGUACACUGCAGAAGGCGUGGAGAUCGAGAGCACCAUUCCGUCUGCUGAUGUACUUGCCGGGCAGGCGCUCUCAGCUGUUACCGGUGGCCGUGUCCGCUCCUUCCAUGACCAUGCCCCUGCCGACCGGCGGAUGGGCGAGGAUGGCACCGAUCCGACCGAUGCAGGCAUGAGCAUGGAGGUGGUAGCCAUGGACGGCGGUGGCGGGUCGGGAGGCAAGGGCAAGGGCAAGGCAAAGAAGAGCGGGGUGAGGUUGCUCUGACCAUGGAGGAGAUGGCCAGGGCUGAGCGGAUCAGACAGGAUGCUGCCGACCUUGCCGCCGCGGCUGGUAUCGCCGAGGGUGGCAAGGUGGAGGAGGCUGCAGUGUAUCGCAGCGGAUCCAAGGUGACCAAGGGCGCGCUGAUGCACAAGCACCGGUCAGAGUGGAAGCGGGUCCGCGAGGAGAUCGCCGAUCUCCGUGCAGCAUCCAAGCGGCUCGACAAGCACGUGCUUGCAGAGAAGCAGGCCAAGAAGAACAUCGCCCGCAAGAUCAAGGAGAUGUCCAAGGAGGUGAAGGAGCGUCACGCGGCCGAGAUGGCGGCAUGGGAGGCAGCUGCCAAGGAGCUUGGCGUCAAGCCGGUCAACUACGAGCCUGGUAUGCUUAGCACCGCCGGAGCGAGCACGUCGACUGCAGGCGGCUCGGGCAUGGACAUUGUGCCGAUGGACGGCGAGCAGGACGUCGGCCCGUCGGCCGCAAACGGCACUGUCUCGCUCUUUGCGCUUGGCGGGCGGGUUGAGACCUCGCGCGGGGCGCCGAUCCCGCCUGCUGUGGCGGGGGGGAAGAAGAAGAAGAAGAAGCGUGGCAAGUGGGCGGCGCUGGUGGUCGACUUUUAGGGAGCAGCAGCAGGAGCUGACUAGGCCGCGAUCUGGCGAAGGCGCUUGCGGAGGCGGGCCUUGAUCCACUCGCGGUCGUGCGGGACGUACUGGCCCGUGGCGGACGAGGCCACGAGGCACGAGAUGUCACCGAGCUGAUCGAUAAAGUUGAGCAGGUCCGAGA